AUUGACCAUAAUUUAUUAGCAGAAUAGAGCUAUCACGCAAUAUAUUAAUAAUUAUCAUCAAUACAAAACCUAGAACUUUUUUUAUCACAAAACUGGAUUAUCACAGGCUAUACGUUUACAAUUAGUGUGAAAAAGGGUAAGGAAGCUCAACCAAAGGGCAUCUACUUAGAGUUGUCAAAAACUAACUCUGACCUUAAAAAAAUAAAUAAAUAAAUAGAUUUUGACUUGUAUAAAGUAUAAAAAUAAUAAUUUAAAAUGACUCAAAUUUAAAUUAAGCUCAAUUUUGACUUAAACUCGACCUGCUCAUCCGAAUUGACACCCAGGCGGUUCUAUUGAGUUACUCUACUAUUGCGGAUCAACUAAAAUACUCCGUAUCGUUGUAAAGUGUAGAUUUUAGAUAACUUGGCUGUUCAUAGGAAGAACUGAGGUUUUAGCCUUCCAAAACCCUCAAUUUCUCCUUCAUAUCAAAAUCCAUAAAAAAAUACCCCAGAAUAAAUCAAAAGGGAGCAAAAUUCUUCCGGUAAGUUUCUUAUAAUCUUAUCUCAAUUUAUUUCCUCAAUUUUAUUCAAAUGUAUUAAUUGAUAUAUAUCCUGUUGAUAUUGAACCGCCAUUUUUAAUGGACUCUAAGCUGUUUUCCCCUUCACUCAAAACCACCCAAUCCGUUCAAAUACCACUGUUUCUAUCCUGCAAAACCACUAUCCCUAAAAAUCCCAUCUUUAUCCCAAAACCCCAUUUUUAUUCCUCUGUGAAAUCAUCGCUUAGUUCAUCUUUUUUGGGCCAAAGUUUAAUUUUAGGGCAAGAUGAAUUUGGGUUUUGCAGAAAUAGGAAAACCCAUGUCCCAAUUUGCCCAAUUAGAGCUGUUGUUAAGAGAAGGAAAGAACUUCCGUUUGAUAAUGUUGUUCAAAGAGAUAAGAAACUGAAAUUGGUAUUGAAAAUUAGGAAGAUUUUAGUGAGUCACCCUAAUAGAACUAUGCCUCUUAGAGAAUUGGGCAAGCAUAGGAGAGUGUUGGGAUUACAGCGAGGAAGGCGGUUUAUCGCCUUGCUAAAGAAGUUCCCUAGUGUCUUUGAGAUUGAGGAAGAAGGGGCAUACAUGCUUAAUCUUAAAUUGACCCCUGAGGCUGAGAGGUUGUAUCUUGAGGAGUUGAAGAUUAGGAAUGAAAUGGAGUCAUUGUUGGUUGUUAAGUUGAGGAAGUUGUUGAUGAUGUCGUUGGAAAAGCGGGUUUUGGUAGAAAAGAUUGGCCAUUUGAGGACUGAUCUUGGGCUUCCUUUGGAGUUCAGGGACACAGUUUGUCAUAGAUAUCCACAGUACUUUAAGGUUGUCCCAACUGAUAGAGGUCCGGCUUUGGAAUUGACUCAUUGGGACCCUGAGCUCGCGGUUUCAGCUGCUGAGAUGGAUGAAGAGGAAAAUCGUGCUAGAGAGUUGGAAUCAAAGAAUUUGAUUAUAGAUAGGCCUUUGAAGUUCAAUAGGGUGGAGCUACCUAAGGGUUUGAAACUGUCCAAGAAUGAGAUGAGAAGGAUUUGUCAGUUUAGAGACAUGCCUUAUAUAUCUCCGUAUUCGGAUUUUUCACAUUUAUCACCUGGUACACCAGAGAAAGAGAAGCAUGCUUGUGCAGUUGUUCAUGAGAUUUUGAGCCUCACUGUUGAGAAGAGGACUCUUGUUGACCACUUGACUCAUUUCCGGGAGGAAUUUCGGUUCUCACAACAGUUGAGAGGGAUGCUGAUUAGACAUCCUGAUAUGUUUUAUGUGUCCCUUAAAGGAGAUAGGGACUCGAUAUUCCUUCGUGAGGCAUAUCGAGGUUCCAACUUGGUUGACAAGGACAGGCUGCUACUUGUCAAGGAGAAGAUGCGGGCCCUUGUUAAUGAAUCUCGAUUACGAAGUAAAGGUGCUCGAAGGAGUGAGGAUGAAACAGAAGAAGCUACCAAGCAGCAAGAUGAACUUAGUGAAGGAGAUGAUGGAGAGUGGUCUGAUUUUGAUAAUGUUGCUAGUGAUGAGUUUGGUGAUGAUGAAGAAGAUGAAAACGACAGUGAUAAUGAAGAUUAUGAAGAUUCUUGGACUGAUGAAGAUGAUACUCCCCCUGAAUUUGAUGAUGACAAUGAUAACACAAGGGUCAAGGCAAGCAAAUCAGAGGAGCAGUUUGAUCCUGAGCCACUGAAUGGUGACGAGCGUGUCCCUGUUUUCCCUGAUGGCCGACCUAGGGAACGUUGGUGAGGGAGACAAGUGUUUAAGUUCGUUACUGUGAUCCUUCAACCUUUCAAUCUCUUGCUGCUGCUGGUUUCAGCAGUUCUUUGCCUAGCUCACAGGAUCCUUCCUUUAGGAAAGAGUACACUGAGGUAGUGUGACUACAGUUCAAGCUUGCUCCUCUUUAUCUACAAUAGACUAGGUAAGUUUAAGAGGAAGGGAGAUGCUUCCAUCAUAACUGUAGAGAUACAUCUCUUCUUGAUGGUGUAAAAUGUAAUUCUGAGUCCGAUAUGUAAUUGGUGUACUGCUUUUGUUUAAUACGAAGUAUAUGAUUAUGUCUACCAGGCUACCUGCAAGAUUUCUGUGGAAUGUCUUUUGAAAUCUUGUUGAAUUUUUGCCAGAAUACUAAAGCUGAUGGUUUUGUAUACUUACCUAAAACCUCUUAUUUUCUGAAAA